CUCGGCUCCUCCGCGGCGGGGCGGGCGGCCCGAGGGCGCCGGGAGCGCGAGGAGCAGAGCGGAGCCGAGCGCCACGCACCCUGCCGCGCCCCCGUGCCCGCCGCGCCCCCUGUCCACCGCGCCCGCCGCCGCGCAGCCUUCCGCCGGCUGUAUGCUCCAGGCCUCAAUGAGGAGCCCAAACAUGGAGGCCUUCAAGCAGCAGAAGGUGGAGGACUGUUACGACAUCGGAGAGGAGCUGGGGAGCGGCCAGUUUGCCAUUGUGAAGAAGUGCCGGGAGAAGAGCACCGGGCUGGAGUACGCAGCCAAGUUCAUCAAGAAGCGGCAGAGCCGGGCCAGCCGGCGGGGCGUGUGCCGGGAGGACAUCGAGCGGGAGGUGAGCAUCCUGCGGCAGGUGCUGCAUCCCAACAUCAUCACGCUGCACGACGUCUUUGAGAACCGCACCGACGUGGUGCUCAUCCUGGAGCUAGUGUCCGGAGGAGAGCUCUUUGACUUUCUGGCCCAGAAGGAGUCGCUGAGUGAGGAGGAGGCCACCAGCUUCAUUAAGCAGAUCCUGGAUGGAGUGAACUACCUUCAUGCCAAGAAAAUUGCUCACUUUGAUCUCAAGCCAGAAAACAUUAUGUUGUUAGACAAGAAUAUUCCCAUUCCACACAUCAAGCUAAUUGACUUUGGCCUUGCUCACGAAAUAGAAGAUGGAGUUGAAUUUAAGAACAUUUUUGGCACACCAGAAUUUGUUGCUCCAGAGAUUGUGAACUAUGAGCCCCUGGGCCUGGAGGCUGACAUGUGGAGCAUAGGCGUCAUCACCUACAUCCUCCUAAGUGGAGCAUCCCCUUUCCUGGGAGACACGAAGCAGGAGACACUGGCAAAUAUCACAGCGGUGAGUUACGACUUUGAUGAGGAAUUCUUCAGUCAGACCAGUGAGCUGGCCAAGGACUUCAUUCGGAAGCUUCUGGUUAAAGAGACCCGGAAGCGGCUCACAAUCCAAGAGGCUCUCCGACACCCCUGGAUCACGUCCAAAGGAGAAGCCAGAGCCCCAGAACAGCGGAAGACAGAGCCCACCCAGCUGAAGACCAAGCGCCUGAGAGAGUACACCCUCAAAUGCCACUCCAGCAUGCCCCCCAACAACACCUACGUCAACUUUGAGCGUUUUGCUCAUGUGAUGGAGGAUGUGGCUUGGGUCGACCAGGGAUGCCAUGCCCUGGCAGGGGCCCAUGACACCAUCCAGGACGAUGUGGAAGCUUUGGUUUCCAUCUUCAAUGAGAAGGAAGCUUGGUACCGAGAGGAGAGCGAGAGUGCCCGGCAUGACCUGUCCCAGCUCAGGUACGAGUUCCGCAAAGUGGAGUCCUUGAAGAGGCUCCUGCGAAGAGACAUCCAGGCCACCGGCUCCAGCCUCGGAAGCAUGGCCAGGAAAUUGGACCAUCUGCACGUGCAGUUUGAAGCUCUGAGGCAGGAGCUCUCAGCAGACCUACAGUGGCUCCAGGAGCUGGUGGGCAGCUGCCAGCUGGAGAGUGGGAGCACAGAUGGCCUGGGCUCUGUGUUCUGCCGGGACGCCCGUGAGCCCCUAGCGGAGCUGCACAGCAGACCAGGCAGCGACAAAGUCUUGGCCGGCUUGGAGCUCUGAGGACCAGAAUCUCGUCAGCAACGCCUCCUGGAUGGCUUGCAGAAGCAUGUUCCAACGGCCCUGCUGGGCGUCAGUGUUAUCCUGCAGGGAUGUGUGUCUGUAGCAUAGACGUCCACCCCCUUCCCAGAACCCAGAAUCACAGAGGUACUAGCGAGUUAUUCAUUCUGCACCUCCUCUCACCAACCUGGUUUUCUGGGAUGGGGGAUUGGCAGGGCAGCCAAGCUGUUAAAACAAUUGAGAAUAAACAGCCUUCAAUGUAUCUUUCUCUAGAGGGAGGACAGCUGGCUCUGGGGAAAUGCUUGAUAACUGAUGUGUGAUCAUGGAUUUGUGCACAUUUCACUUCCCACCUAUAUGCCUUGGGGGUGGCAGCUCUUGGGUAAUAUUGAGCUAACCGGGGGUAAUAGUAAGUCAGCUUGGUGCUUUCCUGCUUCAGAAGGAGGGAUUUUAAAUGCACAAAGAAAAUACUACUUCUCAUUUGCAUUGACAUCACUUAUCAAGCACUUACAUCUUUGAUCCUUAGGUCUUUGAUCCCUAAAAUAACUUUGCAAGACAGGAAAGUCGGUGGCAUUAUUAUUGCUGUUACUAUUAUUUUCAUUUAUCUGAUAAGGAAAUUGACUCAAAGAGGGAAAAUGAUUUACUCGGGGUCAUUCAUAGCUGGUUGAUGCAGAUGAAACAGAAACUCGGGAUGCCUGACUCUAAGAUGAGGUAUACGGGAAGAAAUUGCGAGACUUUGAUAUAAAUAUCCAUCUUAAUAUUAAAGUUCAGACCCCAGCGGUAAAAUAAGCAACUUCACAUAUUCUGCCAGGUAUGGAUGGAAUGCUUCCUACCUU